AUGGUAGUCUUCAAGUUGCGCAGGGGUACCACUUUGGGGGCAACUGUAUUAUAUUUUUUCUUACUUAGCUCCGCAACGCAAGUGGCCACUGUUGCCUUGGAGCGACGUGACCCGACGGAUGCGGACACAACACCUUAUUGCGAUCCGAAAGUCGUAGGCAACCCUGACGUGACAGCCCAUGAUUGUAACGUCGCCUUUUACAACCUAGGGUUCCAAGGCGAUAACAAAGUCGUGCGGAGUGACAAAAGUUGGCUGACUUCUGUUUUUGGGACAUGCCGAGUACUUCUGCAAUGCCCUUCGGCAGCCCAAGCCUCUGCAGGACGCAUGCUGACAAACAAUAAUCAAGGUGGCGGAUUCCUUAAAAUACAAGAGGUUUGCUCCAGCAAGGGAUUGACUGGGCAAAUUAAUAUUGAAGGGGCUUGUGUGGUUAGAACAACCUCAUCAAAUAACAAUGUUUGA